CAAACAUCGACGUCAGGUUCCUAACAUAGUGUUAUUAUGAGAAUGUGUCGGUAUAUAAGCUCGGAGAUGAGCUCCUUCUGCAUACUCGAUCGCCAGUUUGGGAAACAAACGCUCGUACAAAAUGAAAUUACUCAGCUGUGUGCUUAUCUUCGCGGUGGCAGUGAGCGCCGUGUCGGGCGGCUACAUCCGCAGCGGCUGGUCUUCUCCCAGCUACGGUUACAGUGCUCCUCUAGUGUACUCCCGCCCUUACUCGUACGGCGGCGGCUGGAACAGCGGCCACGGUGGUUGGAACAGCGGCUACAGUGGCUGGAACGGUGGUUGGAACGGUGGCUGGAAGGGCUGGUAAACACUUGGAGUAGGAAAGACAAUAAUUACACUCGCACAAUGUCGGAUUUGCAUUAACUCCUUAUCUUGAGUCUCUUGGUGACAAACAUAUUAUGUUUCUAAAUUUUUAUCUAUUUAAAAAGAGAACUGUGAUACGAAAAUAAAUAUUUUGCUCUUAAUA